GUCUGCACCGGAGGAGACACGGCAAGAGAAACAGCGCGUGCUCCUCGCAUCCCCAUCUUCGUUUUUGGUGCGGUCAAGAGGGGGAAUCCGCCCUGUGUAACGGCAAGCUCUUCAAGGAGGAAGAUCGAUUUGAAGCCUUCGUAGCUUUCUUACAUUUGUCCCGUUCCGUUUGAUCGCAGUUUGCUAACGAUUGCACCGCACAGUUAGGGAAUCCCAACAUGGUGCUGCGAGUUGUGCCGUUAGCCAUUUUCUGCGCGUGUACAGUGCUAGGUCUAAAACUGCAGAAUGUUCGUAAUCAGCCUUUGCUAACCACGCAAGUCUUCCAUUUUCAUGUUGAAAAGGGGAUGUUUGACACUUCUAUAGAUAACUACGGCAACACAGAAUACCGAGCAGCACUUAUGGGCAAACCAGACCUCCCCAAAUGGAUGUUUCUUAGGCAGAAGAACGACCGGGCCCUUUUAUACGGCUCUUACCGCGAGCCCGGAGAACUCAAUAUUGAGGUAUUUGCCAUCAACAAGUACAACUAUAAAACUUCUUUACGAGUGAUUAGUCUUCAGGUAGACAAACGACCAACAGAGGCCCUCUUCGAGGUGGAAAUGAAGUUCCUGAAUUUGAACAUCGAAGAUCUGUUUGAAGGGGAGUGGCUGCCGAACCUCGAGGAGAUCUUUCGCGAACACCUCUGGAAGAACAGUCCCGUCGUCUACGUCACUAAGGUGGCAUCCGUUGUGGAUGUUGGAGGAAGAGUUCCGGUCAACCCACGAGACAAAGAAGGUGUUGUAGUACGUGUGGGAGGAUCGGCAAACUUCUCGCAGGAGUUGCGUACCCUGGAACUGGAAGCCAAUCAGCUGCGCAACCGCGUCCCUUGUCCUCGCGACUACAAGCGUACCUCCGCAGAGUACCGCUUCCGCCGGAAGCACUUCUUGUCUGACUGGUGUGGCUUUCGGUUGAUUACGCUUCCCGAGCGGCUAGACGGCGAAGGAAUGCGUCAACACACGGAGGACGUCGGGCCUGUAGGAUUGGACGACGGCAGUUGGGCGCCCGGAGGCACAACGGCGCCACGGCGUGACCUGCUUGCAGACUUUUUAAUAUCGCUGGUGGCGCCAGCGUCUGUUACAUUAGCCCUGCUAGGAUCUCUCGGAUGCCUGGUGUGCUGCUGCCGCCGUCAACACGGCGCAGUGUCCGAGCAGCAGAGCUCCGUGGAGCGGGCGAGCAACAUGCUACGUCAGCUGGCGGGACAACGGGCGGUUUCCCGCGCUGCCAGUCCUGAUGGGAUCCGAGCGUCAAGGCAAGGAACAUUGAGGGCUCUGCCACCACCGCCAUACCCUUCAUCCCAGGAACAAAUAUAACCGGGUUUCACUCCCAGGAUACGAAAAGCUUCGUCUGAAAGGAACAACACAACUCAAGCAAAAUGGCGGGACGACGGUGUGCUACAGUGAAGAAUUUUCUUACAUGUUCCACCGGGUUUGUGCAACGCCAUCUACACUAAACAAUGUCCGACACGGAAAAAGUUGGGGUGUUGUUUGCGACCUUUCACUCUCUCACCAUGUGACACGCGUUGGCCAAUCGCGGCAGACGAUCUGAAACGCCUGUGGCUACCAGCGACUGAUGACGGAUUUUUAUUUCGGUCGUGGCAGCAGCGUCACGACCACUAGCAAUUCGACAGUCUACAUGGCGUUUCACAAAGUGCCGGCUCCUCCCUGUGGCCGUGGUUGGUGGGGCUACUUAUGGUACGUCACAAGCGGGGCUCCUUUAGUGUAAAUGACCCGUCAUAAAGUUAUUGUAGAAUAAAGACACAUCGGCGA